AAAAAAAAACAAACAGAACAAUGGUGAAGGCUCCUGCAAUUGGUAUCGAUUUGGGCACCACCUACUCCUGUGUCGGUGUCUGGCAGCAUAACAAAGUUGAGAUCAUUGCUAAUGAUCAGGGUAAUCGUACAACGCCCAGUUAUGUGGCCUUCAACGAUACGGAACGUUUGAUUGGUGAUGCUGCCAAAAAUCAGGUGGCAAUGAAUGCCAGAAACACCGUCUUCGAUGCGAAACGUUUGAUUGGUCGCAAAUUUGAUGAUGCCAAAAUUCAGGAGGAUAUGAAACAUUGGCCCUUCCAGGUGAUCAAUGAUUGUGGCAAACCAAAAAUCGAAGUUGAAUUCAAGGGUGAGCGUAAACGUUUUGCUCCCGAAGAGAUCAGUUCCAUGGUGUUGUCAAAAAUGAAGGAAAUUGCCGAAGUGUAUUUGGGUGGCAAGGUUAGCGAUGCCGUCAUCACUGUACCAGCCUAUUUCAAUGAUUCACAACGUCAAGCCACCAAGGAUGCUGGUUCCAUUGCUGGUCUCAAUGUUUUGCGUAUCAUUAACGAACCAACCGCCGCUGCCCUGGCCUAUGGCUUGGACAAAAACCUGAAAGGCGAGAAAAAUGUUUUGAUUUUCGAUUUGGGUGGUGGCACUUUUGAUGUUUCCAUUUUGACCAUUGAUGAGGGUUCUCUGUUCGAAGUUAAAUCCACUGCCGGUGAUACGCAUUUGGGUGGUGAAGAUUUCGAUAAUCGUUUGGUCAACUUCUUUGUUGAGGAAUUUAAGCGUAAACACAAGCGUGACUUGUCCAGCAAUGUCAGGGCCCUGAGACGUUUGCGCACUGCCUGUGAAAGGGCCAAGCGUACUUUGUCUUCCAGCUCGGAGGCCUCUUUGGAAAUUGAUGCUCUUCAUGAGGGUAUUGAUUUCUAUUCGAAAAUCACCAGGGCUCGUUUUGAGGAGUUGAAUAUGGAUUUGUUCCGAUCGACAUUGGUCCCAGUCGAAAAAGCUUUGAAUGAUGCCAAAAUGGAUAAGUCAUCCAUUCAUGAUGUGGUUUUGGUCGGCGGCUCCACUCGCAUUCCCAAAAUUCAAAAAAUGUUGCAGGACUUCUUUGGUGGCAAACAAUUGAAUUUAUCCAUCAAUCCCGAUGAAGCUGUGGCCUAUGGUGCUGCUGUUCAAGCUGCCAUUCUGACUGGGGUUGGUAGCUCUCAGAUUCAAGAUGUCCUGCUGGUCGAUGUUACUCCCUUAUCGUUGGGUAUUGAAACUGCCGGAGGUGUUAUGACCAAAUUGAUUGAACGCAACGCCCGCAUUCCAUGCAAACAGCAACAGACCUUCACCACUUACAGUGACAAUCAAAAUGCCGUUACCAUUCAGGUGUAUGAGGGUGAACGUGCCAUGACCAAGGAUAACAACCUCUUGGGUACUUUCAAUUUAACCGGUAUUCCACCAGCUCCAAGAGGUGUGCCCAAAAUUGAGGUCACCUUUGAUUUGAACGCCGAUGGUAUCUUGAAUGUAUCGGCAAAGGAUAAUAGCACCGGUAAAUCGGAAAAGAUUACCAUUACCAAUGACAAGGGUCGUUUAUCGAAGGCCGAUAUUGAUCGUAUGUUGUCCGAGGCUGAGAAAUACAAGGAUGAAGAUGAAAAGCAACGGCAAAGGGUACAGGCACGCAACAACUUGGAAUCGUAUAUUUUCAGUUGCAAACAGGCCGUUGAAGAAGCCCCUGCUGACAAAUUAACCGAAGCCGACAAGGCCACUGUUCGUGACAAAUGCUCAUCGGAAAUGUCCUGGCUGGAUAAUAACACCUUGGCUGAAAAGGAAGAAUUUGAGGAUCACUUGAAGGACUGCCAACGUGUUUGCGGCCCCAUUAUGACAAAAAUGCAUGGCGGUGGUGGUGCUGCAGCCGGCGGUGCUGGUCAAAAUGCCCAGGGUGGUCGUGGUGGCCCAACCGUUGAAGAAGUUGAUUAAA